AUGGUUCAAGAGUUCGGUUCUGGCUUGAUAUUGACUGUUAAUCAACAGGCAUCAAUUUCGGAGUUGAUGAGUUACUCUAAUGAAGAGGUGCAUUGGGAUGUUAGAUUUUUCAGAUCUGUUCAGGAUUGGGAAAUUGAGGAGAUGGGACAAGAGGAGAUAAGUGCCAGUGGGACAUCCUAUUUAAAUAGGACUGAGGCUGCUAACGUGGAAAAGAUUGUAACUACUUUCUUAAGGAGCGGUGUGGUUCCUAGUCAGAUUGGGGUGAUAACACCGUAUGAGGGACAAAGAGCAUAUAUUGUAAACUAUAUGUCAAGAAAUGGUGCUCUCAGACAGCAACUUUACAAGGAGAUAGAAGUCGCAAGCGUGGAUUCGUUUCAGGGAAGGGAAAAAGACUACAUUAUCUUGUCGUGUGUGAGGAGUAAUGAACAUCAGGGAAUUGGAUUCCUUAAUGAUCCUCGUAGGCUCAAUGUUGCUUUAACACGUGCUCGAUAUGGUAUUGUCAUUCUGGGGAAUCCUAAAGUCCUGAGCAAACAGCCACUUUGGAAUGGCUUAUUGACCCACUACAAGGAGCAUGAAUGCUUGGUUGAAGGGCCUUUGAAUAACUUGAAGCAGAGUAUGGUUCAAUUUCAGAAGCCCAAAAAGAUCUAUAAUGAUCGGAGACUUUUCUUUAGUGGUGGACCUGGAGUUGUGCCUAACGAUACUUUUGGUUCUGUUGCAUCACCUGGACAGAAUGCUGAUAGAAGAAGCAGUCGUGGUAGGGGUACUUUCAUAUCUCCUGGACCUCCUAAUGGUACCCAUAAGCCCGGGGUGCAUCCUGCUGGGUAUCCAAUGCCUCGGGUUCCCCUUCCACCAUUUCAUGGUGGUCUGCCUUCUCAGCCAUAUGCUAUUCCAACUCGUGGUGCCGCCCAUGGGCCUGUGGGAGCAGUUCCUCACGUCCCUCCACCUGGAAGUCGGGGCUUUGGAGCGGGCCGUGGAAAUGCUGGUGCUGCUAUUGGCAGUCAUCUCCCACACCACCAAGGGACCCAGCAAGCUAUCGGAAAUAUCGGCUCUACUUUCAACUUUCCGGCUCUGGAGAACCCAAACAGCCAGCCAUCUGUUGGCGGUCCAUUAUCUCAACCUGGGUUUGUUAAUAAUAUGCCAGUUCAAGGGUCGAGCCAAACAUUUCGUGAUGGAUUUUCCAUGGCGGGGUUGUCUCAGGAUUUUUUGGGUGAUGAUUUCAAAAGCCAGGGAUCACAUGUUCCUUAUAAUGUUACUGACUUCUCCACUCAGGCUUCUCAAGGUGGAUAUGCCGUUGAUUAUGUAACCCAGGGAGCACAAGGUGGGUUUCCUGGUAACUUUCUGAACCAGAAUUCUCAAGCUGGAUAUUCUCGCUUUGGUACAGGGAAUGAUUUCAUGUCUCAGGACUACAUGUCUCAUGGAUCCCAAGGUCUAUUUACUCAGGUUGGCUUCAGUGACCCCUCACAAGAUGAUGCAUCGCAGAGCCACUUCAGUGUGGCAAAUACCAACCCACUUCAGUCUCAGGGCUUAAUGAAUUCUCUCUACUCUCAGCCUUUUGGCCACUACAACACGCAACCACCUCUGAACUUGCAGGCUCCACAACAACAGCCUCAGUCAGGUCAGAGUUCCUCUCAAACUCAGAAAAUCCAUUAUAAUGGUUGAGACUCUGGGAUUUGUGGCCGUGAUGGGUUAUGAUCUUUACAGUCAGCAACUUGGUUUGUGCUCUCAUGUGUGCCCAAGUGUGUCUGCUGCUCUAGGAAGCAGAGGAGUUUUGGCUUUUGGGGGGGUCAGUUUGAUUAUCUCCACAACCCGUAAAUUAUUAUUUUGGGGGUUUGGAAUAAGAUGGGGUGGGGUAAAGAUGGAUGGGGCUUUGAGAGACACUGGGCAGCACAUCCAGGGCUGAGAGAGAAAAGGAUAACCCCAAUUACCUGCUUGAAGUUUUGUGUUGUUUUUUGAGAGAAGGUAAAAUUGUUCUGAAGGGAGAGCAUUACAUGACACAUGGUAUGAUCGAAAGGGUUUGGAUAUUUGAAGAAGCCUGAAGAAUCAAGGCCAUUCAUAGUGGGAAAAACCACCAUUUUUAUACAGCAGCAGUAACCACCGAAAAAUUCUUAUAACGGCCAGCCGAGAAUAGUCUUAGCCUCUAACCCUUUCAGCUCGUCCUGACGUGUAAUUAUACUCUCCCACAUUAUUAUUGAAUGGGAUGAUGAAGAUAGCUAGCUUAGGAGUCUUUCCGGGCGCAAAGUAGUGCCACCAGAUGGAACCGUGGUGGCAUAUAUGAAAUUUGUGAUAGUGGUUUUCAUGUGUAAUUCGGUUUACUUUUUUGCGUGGGUUGACAUAAUGUGUAAUUUCGUUUGUCUUUGAUGCUUUU